GUUGCUGCCGGCCGCCGUGCAUCCUUUGGAAUUCAUCCUUCUUGACGCCACUAGCGAAUCCUCCUCGUUGGAAGCCGCUGUUGCUUAUUACUCCACAUCACGAGGCUGAGACGCCCGAGGACGACAUCGCCGCCGGCCGCUGCCAGGGGAUGGAUGAGUCCCUGAUCAAGAAUUGGGAUUUGGAAGCCAGAUGAUUUCACAAUCAUACCCCUUAAAGCAAGGGGUUAGGACUAACUUCCACCAAAUUCUUGAACCAUGUUCUCAACCCCUAACUUGGCUUACCUUGGAAGCAAUCGUUUUCUCCUCCCCGCUGAUACGUCCCUCCGUCGGCGAUUAAGACUUUGAACGAAUAAUCAGGCUUACUGUUAAACAGAGAGAACAAUGGAUUCAGGUCAGUCUUUUCGCUUCCCCGUCGCUCACAAUGCAGUUUCUUUGGAUAUCAAGGGGAAUAAAACAGAAAUUAUAAUCUGCAAGUAUGAUGAUAAAUUUCUGGUCAUAGUGACCCAGAUUGGAUGCAUGGGGACAAUACUGCAUGCCAGGAAGGAGGAAAGUGUAUUGACCGAUCCAACUUACAGUGUCUCCAUUAUAUUUGGUAAAAGAGAUGAGCCAUGGCUUAUUGCAUGUGGUCGCCAGUUGAUUGAACAUAUAAGUUGCUCUGGCUCUUCUAUGCAUUUGGUGCUUUCUCUUGGGCUGAAGGAUCAUUCUCCGGAAACUCUGAAGGAUGUCACUCUAGCUGUCAUCGAGAAUCGCCUAUGGUGAACUGCAUUGCUAUUCCUUAUUAGCUUCUAAAGCUUCAGACCUGGAAACCAUAUCUGGUGCUUUUUUGCCAGCAUCAUCGCAUGCUAAAUCGACGAGGUAGGUUAUAGAUCUUCAAUGAACCGAUGUUUCUAAAAUAUGCUUGGCGUUGCAUUGCAAGACUAUUUACCAGAGUGAUUCCUGCUAUGUUCACAAUGAAGUGAAACUUUUGGAAAUAUUAUGUUUGUACUAUAAUGAACGUUACAACUUCUUGAUUUAAUAGAUGGCUAAUAAUGUAACUAGAGAAUGAUUGUUAAUUUCAUUAUGAAAUGAUAGUUAGCCCACAGAA